CGUAGGAUGUUUUCCACUCGGGCCGUAGAAUAGUGUUUCUGCUGCUAGUGCUGCUGUUGCUGCUGUUUUUUUCUUCUCUCUUAUCAGCUCCGGAGCUAGAGAGGGGAAUGUCUCAGGACGGCAGAAUGCUCCAAACCCUGGAGGGGAGACGAUUCUGACUGACAGGACAGGAGAGGUGCAUCCUCUGGGGAAUGUGAACCAUGCAGGUGGAUACUGUUCUCGUGCUACUCUGCGUUUGGCUCAUGGGUGCGGAUGGGAAGAUGGUCAGACCAAGGGGUCACAAGCUGGAGACCUACAAACAGAGCAGGUUGCGAAGAGAAACCAAGAUGGAUGCAGGUGGAGGUCACAAACCCGGAGGCCCAAUUUACAAACGUAGUCCAGACAUGACAAAAUCUCCCAUGACAAAAUCUGAGCAGCUCCUGAGAAUAGAUGACCAUGAUUUCACCAUGAGGCCAGCGUUUGGAGGUCCUCCAAUUCCUGUUGGCGUCGAUGUUCAGGUUGAAAGUCUGGACACCAUCUCUGAGGUGGAUAUGGACUUUACCAUGACCCUGUAUCUGCGUCACUACUGGAAGGAUGAGCGGCUGUCGUUCCCGAGCACCAACAACCAGAGCAUGACCUUUGACAGCCGCCUGGUGAAGAAGAUUUGGGUUCCUGAUAUGUUCUUUGUCCACUCUAAGCGCUCUUUUAUUCACGACACGACGACAGACAAUGUCAUGCUGAGAGUUUACCCUGAUGGAAAUGUACUCUACAGUCUCAGGGUGACCGUCACUGCAAUGUGCAACAUGGACCUCAGCCGCUUUCCCCUGGACACCCAAACCUGCUCGCUGGAGAUAGAGAGCUAUGCAUACACAGAUGACGACCUGAUGUUGUACUGGAAGAAGGGAAAUGAAUCCCUCAACACCGACGACAGGAUAUCUCUGUCCCAGUUUCUCAUCCAGAAAUUUCACACCACCACCAAGCUGGCGUUCUACAGCAGCACAGGCUGGUACAAUCGUUUGUACAUCCACUUCACCCUGAGGCGCCAUAUCUUCUUCUUCCUGCUGCAGACCUACUUUCCAGCUACUCUGAUGGUCAUGCUGUCCUGGGUGUCCUUUUGGAUCGACCGCAGGGCUGUACCUGCCAGGGUGCCACUAGGCAUCACCACAGUCCUGACCAUGUCCACCAUCAUUACCGGGGUCAACGCCUCCAUGCCGCGGGUCUCCUACAUCAAGGCAGUAGACAUUUACCUUUGGGUUAGUUUUGUAUUUGUCUUUCUGUCGGUGAUAGAGUACGCGGCGGUCAACUACCUCUCCACGGUGCAGGAGAGGAAAGAGAGGAAACUGAGGGAGAGACUGCCGUGUACUUGUGGUAUUGGCAACCCGGACGAGAUGAUGAUUGACCCCCAGAUCACUGGCUACGGGUCAAUGGAUAUGAACACAACAGGCAAUUACGGGAUGCCUGAGAACGGCGGGCGCCAGGAGCCAAGAAUGUUGGCCCAAGUGGCACUCAAUGACCCGCAGAUCACCGGCCAGGUGAAGCCGUCCAGAGGCUACGUGAACAUUUGGAUAGACACCCACGCCAUAGACAAGUACUCAAGGGUGCUGUUUCCUGGAGCCUACAUCCUGUUUAACAUCAUCUACUGGUCCAUCUACUCGUAACGCAGGAGAACUGCCUAUGAUGAGACUCGGGAUGAUGCGCCUGGCUUGAUUAUAACAGAGCAGGACAAAAACAUUACAUUUAAUGCUUUUCAGACAGAGAGACUGCUCAAAAGAUGCAUGGGGACCAUUUGCAGAUUGGUGACCAUUGCCUUCUUCUUGACCCAGCCACUUAAAACUGAAGAGUUUAAAGAUGAGCUUCAGACAGGACGGACAUACUGGCUCAUUUUUGUCACUCUGAUCAAACCAGUGUGAUUUUACACAGUAACUAUUGUGCUGUUGAUGGAAAGACUUUUGGAUGUUUUCCAGGCGAACUGCACACAGAUGCAUGCACACGGACCUUUGUAAUUUUUCAGUUUUAGUUUUAUUUCAGUUCUAGUUGCAGUGACUCUCUGAGCACAUUUUCAGAACUGAUAAAUGUUUCAAAAUGGAUUUUGUGACAUUGCACGUCCCGUCUUGACAAUCAAAAGCAAACUGAAAUAUCUUUUCAGGACCCUUCAGAUGUUUUUGUUUACCCUUAAUAUUUCAGAAGACAUGAUUAAUACCGUUCUCUUUACUAACCCAUGGAGGACAUAAUGCAUACAUUGAAUUUUAUUUUGUUUUCAGGUGUAUUUUUUCUUUCUGGAGAUCUCAAAUUAUUGGUCACAUAAUUGGGAUAGCAAUGCUUGUUUUCCAGGGAUUAGGAUUUUAUUUGAAUCAGGUUUUUUUCUAUAUCAUGAGAAGUUAACUCAUUACCAAGAGGAAAAAAACGCUUUUAUACCAAGAUAACAUGAAAAAUACACAUGCAUCUCAAAAGAUUUGAAAACCAUGUAAAAGCUGAUUUUUCCACCAAUGAUUUACUUCAGAAAGUUAAAUUUCCA